ACAUGCUUCAUGUUUGUUCAAUUAUUUGAUUAUUCACUUGAUUCUAAAAAGUCAGUCAAUUAAUGUGACUAUUUGUAAUUAUUCUAAAAAAAAAUACAUUAGUGAAAAACCAAUGAUCGCUUUCGUAAGAAAAAAAAAAGGACCAGCGAAUUGUGGAUUUAUGUAUGUACGUAUGAACACAAGGUGGCAGCAGCAGCAAGUAUUGGGUCCUCUUAGAUCAACAUGAUCUGAACCCUGCAUUAUUUGAAUUAGCUCUCAUGCGCUGGAGUUUUGAAUAUUCGACUAAUAAUUCAAUUGAAUAUUCAAAUAGCUUUUUUUUUAUUAGGGAAAGAACUUGAUCAUUAUAUUGUGUGGAAACGUGGUAAUUGUACGUGUCCUGAGCCGCAGUCGACCACUACCGGCCAUUUCCUCCACAAAAGAAAUGAUUUCCUCUAAGUCUGAGUUAGUCUUUCUUUUCGAAAACAGACUCGGUUUCUUUCACAGUCCUUUCAAAGUCCUGAUGUGACAAAAAGAUCAAGUAUUUCUUUAUCUGUGAAGCCCCAAUCAAAAUGUUACUUCACCAAAUGUUUCACGUUCCUCAUCUUGACGCAGGUCGCACCUGAUCAUCUGAGAUUUUGCUUGAUUAAAAAUGAUGUCUUUAUUGUCAUAACAUAACGACUUUCGGGCAGAGUGUCUGAUUCUGCACAGACGAGUUUCAAAUUGUAAACACUUGUUUUGUGACAUCACCUGUGGGUAGAUUCCCACCAAAAAUCUAAUGGGCACAUACUUUUGUGUUCACCCCCCCAUCACAAAAAAGAAAAUCAGAUUGAUCCGUCAAAAACUGUACAUGGGACGUUGCAAACAGAAGAACAAACGGAGACAAACCCACGUCGAUUAUGACAUAUAACACACCAUUCACCCAUUAUAUGUGCACUAUUUCUUACAUCCUGCGUGGCUUAGAUUUGGUUACGUUGCCAUUUAAAAAUGAUCAUUGUGACAAGAAAAUUACAAUUAUGCUAAAAAAUAAUAAAUAAUACAAACUAGUAAAUAUAUGAAUAUAUUCACAUAUAGUCAUAUAAUAUAUGGAUUUCAUAAAUUCAGUUUUUAAAUACAUUUCUGCUUCUUAAAUGUCUACAAUUACAACUAAUAUUACAUCUGAUGUAGGUAGAUGUAGCUGCUAUAAUGCAAUUAGAUCUUUACCUUUCACACUAACUAUAUCCAACCUCAGCAGCAUGAUGCACAUGUUCUUGUAGAUUGUUAUAUUUGAUUCAGUGACUUUUUAAAUUGGCAUCUUUUGCUGGGUUUUUAUGACACACAAUACUUAUCAUGACCUUUUUGCAUCUUACAAAAAAUAUGAAAAUAAUAAAAACUAAACUAAAACUAAGCAUUUACAAAAAAUAAAAACUAAUAAGAACUAGCAAACCCACUCUAAAAAACAAAUAAUACUAAGAAAACCAACAAAACAAAAAGUCAAAACUAAAUAAAAGAUGAUCGUAGCCCUGAAUGUGAACACUUUCACUUUCACAGAGAGGAAAAAACAAAACAAGCAGCACUGCCAACAUUGCUCCUCUCCGUGUGUACACAUUGUGAGCUCGUUCAGUGCGUUCACUCCAGACGCCUGUUUGUUCCGUGGUUUAUGACUUUCUUUCGUCUCUCUGAAUAGAACAAGUGGGAAAGAUGUUUUUCAUACUGUCGGUGGUGUCUUUCAUGAACCUGCUGUGUGGUUACCGUGUCCUCGGUUGUGUUAUGAACUGUCCACAUAGAAGUGAGGUAAGUCCGUCCAGACUGGUGGUGAAGUACGGUGACCCGGCCUCAGCCGUGUGCUCUCUGUGUCAGUCUUGCCAGAGCAAAAAGUCAUUAGGUCUGGAGGUUACACUCGGACGCAAGACGGGGAAUGCCACUGUGCUUCUGUGGAGCGUGGACAGAAUGACUGUGUGGGGCACAAGCGCCCUGUGCUUCUACAAUGACCUGUCUGCACGCAUGUGCUGCACUGAACUGCCUGUGACCGUUUACAAGCCUCCAGACAGUGUGUCCAUCAGCUUUACAAACCACUCUGGCCCGAUGUUUGAGGGUCAUCAGUACGCUCUGCAGUGUGAAGUGCACAACGUUGCUCCAGUUGCAAACCUCACCGUGACCUUCUACAGAGGGUGGACGACUCUGGGUCAACUACACUUAGACAGCUCAGUUUUGGAACCAGUGACCGAGGUCUUCACUCACAACUUUUAUGCCACUGGAGAAGAUGAUGGAGCUCAGUUCUGGUGUCAAGGCGUUCUGGAACUGGGACCUGAAGGACCACAGCACCCCCCAGUGGUGAAAUCACAGAACAUUACUGCCACAGUCCACUAUAAGCCUCGGCAGGUGGAGUCAUCGCGUCCAGGUCCGAUCAUUGUCACAGAGGGAGACUCUCUGCAGCUGAACUGCUCUGCUGUGGGAAACCCCAGCCCCUCAUACCGGUGGGAGCUGCCGCAACCCACUCAUCGCCACGUCACGGGUGACCGUCACGUCAUCAACUCUAUAACUCCUAAGGAUGAAGGCCGGUACGUGUGUCAUGUCAGCAAUGAUGUGGGAGCCCUCAGUGUUUCAUUUGAGGUGGUCGUCAAAGGUUUGGAGUUAACCAGCCCGCCACAAUCAAGCACAACUUCAACAAAAGCAACCACCACAAAGACAACAGUCGCACCUAAUAGCAGUACAAGCAUCACACUGACACACGGCUUUAUAAUGUGUGUGCUGCUUUUAUUCUCUGCUGUGAUUUGACUUCAUACUGAAAAAAUGAACAGUAUGUAUGUCAAUAACAUGUAAUCAAAUGCCCCCAAAGUAACACAUACAUUUACAGGAAAUGGCUGACUAACUACUGAAGCAUUAACAUGGUGGAAACUCAUUCUGUAAUGUUUGGGACAUGCAUCUUUUGGAAUUAUUAAAAUCCUUUUUCUUUAUCAUUUUCAUUGACUGUUUAAAGUUACAGUUACCUUCAGUUACUGAGGCAGAUUGAUAUAUUGAUUGAUUUCAUAUUUCAGUUCUUAAUCAAAUCCAGUUAAACCUAACCAACAAACAUGAAUCGUGCCACAUGCUUCAUGUUUGUUCAAUUAUUUGAUUAUUCACUUGAUUCUAAAAAGUCAGUCAAUUAAUGUGACUAUUUGUAA